AUUUACCGGAGAUGAAGCCGCACUCACCUGGUGUCCGCAGGAGCAUCUGGUCUUAAUACAGGAAUAGCAAUGUUUCAUUCAAUGAUGCCAACCCCAGCUCCGAUACCUCAAUUCACAAGUCACAGUGGACAAGUAUGCAGCACAUGGGGAAAUGACCACUACAAGACUUUUAAUGGAGAUAUUUAUUACUUUCCUGGCAAAUGCAAUUACUUAUUUGCCUCACAUUGCAAGAGCAACACUGAGGACUUCAACAUUCAACUCCGCCGCUCUGUGGAAAAUGGCAUCCUCGUUGUUAGCCACAUCACAGCAACACUGCUUGGAGUGGUGGUGGAAAUAACCAAUAAGUCUAUCACGUUGGAUGGAGUCACGGUGACAGAUAUUCCAGCUGAGAAAGCUAGGGUUCAUGUUAAUAAACUUGGCAACAAUAUGAAGAUCACAGCAUCCACUGAUAUUACUCUGAUAUGGAAUGGAAACGACAGUUUACUGUUGAAACUGAACCCUAAUAAAUACGCUAACAAAACCUGUGGACUGUGCGGUGAUUUUAGUGGUUCUCCUGGAUUCACCUUAGAUGGUGAACAGCUCACUCCAGUACAAUAUGGAAAUCUGCAAAAAUGGAAUGGCCCAACUGAAGAGUGUCUAGAUGUGCAUUAUACCCCCCUCCACUGCAAAGAUGAGGGUGAGAUAUGUAAGAGUAUUCUGACCUCGGAAGCCUUCUCCAGUUGUAACAGCAUUCUAAGCCCUAUGGACUACAUAGAUGCUUGUGUUCAGGAUUUGUGUUUCUGCAAUAGUGAGAACAACAUGCAUUGCAAAUGCAGUGUGUUUGCUGAAUAUUCACGGCAGUGCACUCACGCUGGCGGAGUCCCUGGGAACUGGAGGACCCCAGAUAUGUGCCCCCAGUCAUGCCCUUUAAAUAUGGUAUACCAAGAAUGUGGAUCUCCGUGCCCUAAUACAUGCUCCAAUACAGAGCGGACCAUGGUUUGUGAAGACCAUGGCACAGAUGGAUGCUUUUGUCCUCCAGGAACUGUGCUUGAUGACAUAAAUAACACCGGCUGUAUCCCCCAAGAGCAAUGUCCAUGUGUCUAUAACAGCGAGACUUACACCCCAGGAUCUUCUUUCAAUACGCCAUGCCGAGAAUGCACAUGUUCCAAAGGAAAAUGGAAAUGCAAAGAGUUACCCUGCACAGGAAGUUGUUCAGUAGAAGGUGGAUCCCACAUAACAAGCUUUGAUGGAUCCCGAUAUAGUAUCAAGGGGGAUUGCAGUUAUGUAUUUGCUAAGCACAACACUGGCAAUGAUUUCUCUGUGCUUGCGGAGAUGCGAAGAUGUGGAAUCACUAGCAAAAAAUCCUGCCUGAAGAGUGUAGUUUUGGCAGUAAACAAGGGGGAAACUAUGUUUAUUAUUAAAGAGAAUGGUGGUAUGUUUCUUAACUGGAUACCAACUCAGGUUCCUAUCUCAUUCGCAAAUAUGAGUAUCUACUGGGCUACAUCUUUUUACCUAAAUAUUCACAUAGGCUCUGAUUUUGUAAUGCAAGUCCAACUGACACCAGCUAUGCAGAUAUAUAUAACUCUUGGUCCAUCUUAUCAUGGUCAGACUUGUGGGUUGUGUGGAAACUUUAACAACAUCCAGAGCGAUGAUUUUAAAGCUAUUAGUGGAGUCUCUGAAGGGACUGCUGCCAGCUUUGCUAAUACAUGGAAGAGUAAUAGCAACUGUCCUAAUAUAAAGAGCAGUUAUGAGGACCCAUGUUCUCUGAACUUGGAGAAAGAAAAAUAUGCACAACAUUGGUGUGGCCUACUUACUUUGGCAAAUGGACCCUUUUCCCCCUGCCACAAUAUAGAAAAUCCACUGACAUAUCAUGCGAAUUGCCUGUCAGACACAUGCAGUUGUAAGGACAGUGAGGAAUGUAUGUGUGCAACUCUGGCUUCAUAUGCUUAUGCAUGUGCCAAGAAAGGUGUCACUCUCUUCAGAUGGAGAGACAAUGUCUGUGAAAAGUACACAAAAUCUUGUAAAGAUUCUCAAGUAUACCAAUAUAAUGUGACCCAGUGUCAGCCCACUUGCCGAUCUCAAAGUAAUGAUGGCACAAUAUUCAACUUCAAAUUCUCUCCGGUGGAUGGCUGUGUGUGCAGAGAAGGAACAUAUCUGAAUGAUAAUGGAGACUGUGUAACAUCAAGUUCAUGCCCAUGUUACUACCAAGGCAAUGUCAUGGAAUCAGGGGAAAUGGUUGAGGAGAAUGGAGUUAAAUGCACCUGUGAGAGAGGUCAGCUGACCUGUAUGGGGGCAAUAAUUAAAGCACCAGUUUGCUUGUACCCACUGGUUUAUCUUAACUGCUCCAGUGCUCCGAAAGGAGCAAAGGGAAUGGAGUGUCAAAAGAGCUGCCAUACACUGGACAUGGACUGUUUCAGCUCUCAGUGUAUGUCAGGCUGUGUGUGUCCUCCUGGCCUUGUUUCUGAUGAGAAAGGAGGUUGUAUCAGUGAGCAGCAGUGCCCAUGUAUACAUAAUGAAGCUACAUACAGACCAGGGGACAUCAUCUCAGUUGGAUGUAACACAUGCACAUGUAAGAACAGAAGGUGGCAGUGUACUCACAAGCCUUGCCUUGGCACGUGUUCGGUUUAUGGCGAUGGGCAUUACAUAACUUUUGAUAACAAGCAGUUUACCUUCAGUGGGAGCUGUGAAUACAUAUUAGUCCAGGAUAACUGUGGUGAAAAUGGAGGUCGCGGCUCUUUCAAAGUUAUCACAGAAAAUGUGCCAUGUGGGACGACUGGCACCACAUGCACAAAAAACAUUAAGUUCUUUCUCGGAGGUGAAGAGCUUCGUCUUGAUAAUGAAAAGAUUGAUGUGGUGAGAAGAGAUGAAAACAAUGCAAUUCCCUAUGAUGUUAUGCGGAGGGGCAUGUAUAUGAUUAUUAAAGGGGGAAAUGGAAUCUACGUCAUGUGGGACAAGAAAACAACCAUCCAUAUGAAGCUUGCCCCACACUUUCAGGGUAAAGUCUGCGGCAUUUGCGGUAACUAUGAUGGAAAUGCAAACAAUGAUUUCACUACAAGAAGCCACUCAGUGGUGGAGAACUUGAUGGAAUUUGGUAACAGCUGGAAAACAGACCCAAAUUGUCCAGAUGUGCAUGUUGUCCAAGAUCCGUGCUCUAAGAACCCAUACAGGAAAGCGUGGGCACUGAAGCAGUGUGCGAUCAUUACCAGUGAUGUCUUUCAAUCUUGCCAUGCUCAGGUUGAUCCCAGCAGAUAUUAUGAGUCUUGCAUUAGUGACUCCUGUGCCUGUGAUACCGGUGGAGAUUGUGAAUGCUUUUGUACUACUGUUGCAUUAUAUGCCCAAGCUUGCGGUGAAAACGGCAUAUGUAUAAAUUGGAGAACACCAACUAUAUGCCCAAUGUUUUGUGAUUACUACAAUGAUGUCGGAGAGUGUGAAUGGCAUUAUAAGGCCUGUGGUGAUAAAUGUAUGAAGACUUGCAGAAACCCUAAAGGAGAGUGUUUACAUGAACUUUCGGGCUGUGAAGGUUGUUACCCAAAAUGCCCACCAUCUAGACCCUUUUUAAAUGAAAAUACUAUGAAGUGUGUUGCUCACUGUGGCUGUUAUGAGAAUGGCAUAUACUAUAACAAUGGAGAUAAAGUACCACGGAACUGUUCUUCUUGUGUUUGUGCUGAAGAUGAGAUCAAAUGUCAUGAUGAUAAUAAAGCUUGUCAGUGCACAUUUAAAGGCAAAGAAUACAACUAUAACGAUACUAUACCAUACUCCGAAAAGGGAGAUGAUAAAUGCAGUGAAAUGAAAUGUGCUGCCGGUGGAGUAGUUGUUGAAAUUAGUAAAUGCAAUGUACCAACUGAACCAACUGCACCAACUGAUUUUUUAAAGUUAUACACCACAGAGAAGACUACAAUUCAUCUUCCAACGGACAAGUUUACCUCCAUUAAAAAGAUUUCAUUUGAAUCAACACAUCGUACAAGCACAACCUCUCCUUCCAUUACAACAAUUGGUAAACAUAAGGGUACGUCAACUUCUACUGAACUUACACCAUUAAUAAAUCCAACAAUGACACUGCAUCCUAGUGCAACAUCUAGUAAUACUCCAAAACCAUUGACAAAAGAAACCACAUCAUUAAAAACUACAACUGGCCACUCUAGGACAACUUCUGCUGAAAAUACAAUAUCAAGUAAUCCAACACUAAAUCCUUCUACUCAUGAGCCAUGCUACUGGACAGAGUGGAUUGAUGUAAAUCAUCCAACAUCUGAUUACAAUGGAGGAGAUGAAGAGUCUUUUGAAAUAGCAAAAGCUAAUGGAAUAUCUGUGUGCCAAGACAAAAACGAUAUCAGACAUGUAAAGUGUAGAGUUAAAGCAUAUCCCAAUAUUCCCUUUGAAAAAAUUUCUCAAAUUGCCACCUGCAAUGCUGAAAAAGGCUUACUUUGUAACAACCAAGAUAAUACAGGGACUAAUAAUAAGUGCCAUAAUUAUGAAAUCGCAUUCUGUUGUGGUAAAGGUCUCUCUACAACUACAAAAAUGCCACCAUCAAUCCAACGGAGUACAAAAUCCAGUAUUACUCCCAAGGAUUCAACAAAAGAAACCACAGUAUUAACGACGACUACUGGCCACUCUCAGACAACUUCUACUAAACUAAUACCAUCAAGUAAUCCAACGACAACGCAUUCACCUACAUAUGAGCCAUGCUACUGGACAGAGUGGAUUGAUGUAAAUUUUCCAACACCUGAUUACAAUGGAGGAGAUGAAGAGUCUUUUGAAAUAGCAAAAGCAAAUGGAAUAUCUGUGUGCCAAGACAAAAACGAUAUCAGACAUGUAAAAUGUAGAAUUACAGAACAUCCUAAUAUUCCCUUUGAAAACAUUUCUCAAAUUGCCAUCUGCAAUGCUGAAAAAGGCUUACUUUGUAAAAACCAAGAUAAUACAGGAACAAAUAAUAUGUGCCAUAAUUAUGAAAUAGCAUUCUGUUGUGGUAAAGGUCUCUCUACAACAACUACAAAAACGUCACCAUCAAUCCAUCGGAGAACAACAUCUAGGGUUACGUCCAAGAAUUCAACAACAGAAACCACAUUAUUAACGACAACUACUGGCCACUCUCAGACAACUGCUACUAAACUAAUACCAUCAAGUAAUCCAACAAUGACGCAUUCACCUACAUAUGAGCCAUGCUACUGGACAGAGUGGAUUGAUGUAAAUCAUCCAACGUCUGAUUACAAUGGCGGAGAUGAGGAGACCUUUGAAAUAGCUAAAAGUAAUGAAAGAAAUGUAUGCAAAGAUAAAAAAUAUAUCAAAGACAUUGAAUGUAAAGCUAGCUCAUACCCUCAACUUAACAUAAGUGAUCUUCAUCAAAACAUAACAUGCAAUAUUGAAAAAGGUUUAAUUUGUAGAAAUCAAGACAAUCCUGGGCCAAAUAGUAUGUGCCUUAACUAUAAAAUGAAAUUAUAUUGUUGUGAACUAGUUUUUGAAACGAAAACUACAAGAAUUCCACCAUCAACCCUACUUAAUACAACAUCUAGUAUUACUUCCAAGGAUUCAACAACAGAAACCACAUUAUUAACGACAACUACUGGCCACUCUCAGACAACUUCUACUAAACUAAUACCAUCAAGUAAUCAAACAACAACGCAUUCACCUACAUAUGAGCCAUGCUACUGGACAGAGUGGAUUGAUGUAAAUCAGCCAACAUCUGAUUACAAUGGGGGAGAUGAAGAGUCCUUUGAAAUAGCAAAAGCUAAUGGAAUAUCUGUGUGCCAAGACAAAAACGAUAUCAGACAUGUAAAGUGUAGAAUUAAAGCAUAUCCUAAUAUUCCCUUUGAAAAAAAUUCUCAAAUUGCCACCUGCAAUGCUGAAAAAGGCUUACUUUGUAAAAACCAAGAUAAUACAGGGACUAAUAAUAUGUGCCAUAAUUAUGAAAUAGCAUUCUGUUGUGGUAAAGGUCUCCCUACAACAACUACAAAAACGUCACCAUCAAUCCAUCGGAGAACAACUUCUAGGGUUACUUCCAAGAAUUCAACAACAGAAACCACAUUAUUAAGGACAACUACUGGCCACUCUCAGACAACUUCUACUAAACUAAUACCAUCAAGUAAUCCAACGACAACGCAUUCACCUACAUAUGAGCCAUGCUACUGGACAGAGUGGAUUGAUGUAAAUUUUCCAACACCUGAUUACAAUGGAGGAGAUGAAGAGUCUUUUGAAAUAGCAAAAGCAAAUGGAAUAUCUGUGUGCCAAGACAAAAACGAUAUCAGACAUGUAAAAUGUAGAAUUACAGAACAUCCUAAUAUUCCCUUUGAAAACAUUUCUCAAAUUGCCAUCUGCAAUGCUGAAAAAGGCUUACUUUGUAAAAACCAAGAUAAUACAGGAACAAAUAAUAUGUGCCAUAAUUAUGAAAUAGCAUUCUGUUGUGGUAAAGGUCUCUCUACAACAACUACAAAAACGUCACCAUCAAUCCAUCGGAGAACAACAUCUAGGGUUACGUCCAAGAAUUCAACAACAGAAACCACAUUAUUAACGACAACUACUGGCCACUCUCAGACAACUGCUACUAAACUAAUACCAUCAAGUAAUCCAACAAUGACGCAUUCACCUACAUAUGAGCCAUGCUACUGGACAGAGUGGAUUGAUGUAAAUCAUCCAACGUCUGAUUACAAUGGCGGAGAUGAGGAGACCUUUGAAAGAGCUAAAAGUAAUGAAAGAAAUGUAUGCAAAGAUAAAAAAUAUAUCAAAGACAUUGAAUGUAAAGCUAGCUCAUACCCUCAACUUAACAUAAGUGAUCUUCAUCAAAACAUAACAUGCAAUAUUGAAAAAGGUUUAAUUUGUAGAAAUCAAGACAAUCCUGGGCCAAAUAGUAUGUGCCUUAACUAUAAAAUGAAAUUAUAUUGUUGUGAACUAGUUUUUGAAACGAAAACUACAAGAAUUCCACCAUCAACCCUACUUAAUACAACAUCUAGUAUUACUUCCAAGGAUUCAACAACAGAAACCACAUUAUUAACGACAACUACUGGCCACUCUCAGACAACUUCUACUAAACUAAUACCAUCAAGUAAUCAAACAACAACGCAUUCACCUACAUAUGAGCCAUGCUACUGGACAGAGUGGAUUGAUGUAAAUCAGCCUACAUCUGAUUACAAUGGGGGAGAUGAAGAGUCCUUUGAAAUAGCAAAAGCUAAUGGAAUAUCUGUGUGCCAAGACAAAAACGAUAUCAGACAUGUAAAGUGUAGAAUUAAAGCAUAUCCUAAUAUUCCCUUUGAAAAAAAUUCUCAAAUUGCCACCUGCAAUGCUGAAAAAGGCUUACUUUGUAAAAACCAAGAUAAUACAGGGACUAAUAAUAUGUGCCAUAAUUAUGAAAUAGCAUUCUGUUGUGGUAAAGGUCUCCCUACAACAACUACAAAAACGUCACCAUCAAUCCAUCGGAGAACAACUUCUAGGGUUACUUCCAAGAAUUCAACAACAGAAACCCCAUUAUUAAGGACAAGUACUGGCUACUCUCAGACAAUUGCUACUAAACUAAUACCAUCAAGUAAUCCAACAACGAUGCAUUCACCUACAUAUGAGCCAUGCUACUGGACAGAGUGGAUUGAUGUAAAUUUUCCAACACCUGAUUACAAUGGAGGAGAUGAAGAGUCUUUUGAAAUAGCAAAAGCAAAUGGAAUAUCUGUGUGCCAAGACAAAAACGAUAUCAGACAUGUAAAGUGUAGAAUUACAGAACAUCCUAAUAUUCCCUUUGAAAACAUUUCUCAAAUUGCCAUCUGCAAUGCUGAAAAAGGCUUACUUUGUAAAAACCAAGAUAAUACAGGAACAAAUAAUAUGUGCCAUAAUUAUGAAAUAGCAUUCUGUUGUGGUAAAGGUCUCUCUACAACAACUACAAAAACGUCACCAUCAAUCCAUCGGAGAACAACAUCUAGGGUUACGUCCAAGAAUUCAACAACAGAAACCACAUUAUUAACGACAACUACUGGCCACUCUCAGACAACUGCUACUAAACUAAUACCAUCAAGUAAUCCAACAAUGACGCAUUCACCUACAUAUGAGCCAUGCUACUGGACAGAGUGGAUUGAUGUAAAUCAUCCAAUGUCUGAUAGCAAUGGAGGAGAUGAGGAGACCUUUGAAAUAGCUAAAAGUAAUGAAAGAAAUGUAUGCAAAGAUAAAAAAUAUAUCAAAGACAUUGAAUGUAAAGCUAGCUCAUACCCUCAACUUAACAUAAGUGAUCUUCAUCAAAACAUAACAUGCAAUAUUGAAAAAGGUUUAAUUUGUAGAAAUCAAGACAAUCCUGGGCCAAAUAGUAUGUGCCUUAACUAUAAAAUGAAAUUAUAUUGUUGUGAACUAAUUUUUGAAACGAAAACUACAAGAAUUCCACCAUCAACCCUACUUAAUACAACAUCUAGUAUUACUUCCAAGGAUUCAACAACAGAAACCACAUUAUUAACGACAACUACUGGCCACUCUCAGACAACUUCUACUAAACUAAUACAAUCAAGUAAUCAAACAACAACGCAUUCACCUACAUAUGAGCCAUGCCACUGGACAGAGUGGAUUGAUGUAAAUCAGCCAACAUCUGAUUACAAUGGGGGAGAUGAAGAGUCCUUUGAAAUAGCAAAAGCUAAUGGAAUAUCUGUGUGCCAAGACAAAAACGAUAUCAGACAUGUAAAGUGUAGAAUUAAAGCAUAUCCUAAUAUUCCCUUUGAAAAAAAUUCUCAAAUUGCCACCUGCAAUGCUGAAAAAGGCUUACUUUGUAAAAACCAAGAUAAUACAGGGACUAAUAAUAUGUGCCAUAAUUAUGAAAUAGCAUUCUGUUGUGGUAAAGGUCUCCCUACAACAACUACAAAAACGUCACCAUCAAUCCAUCGGAGAACAACUUCUAGGGUUACUUCCAAGAAUUCAACAACAGAAACCCCAUUAUUAAGGACAAGUACUGGCUACUCUCAGACAAUUGCUACUAAACUAAUACCAUCAAGUAAUCCAACAACGAUGCAUUCACCUACAUAUGAGCCAUGCUACUGGACAGAGUGGAUUGAUGUAAAUUUUCCAACACCUGAUUACAAUGGAGGAGAUGAAGAGUCUUUUGAAAUAGCAAAAGCUAAUGGAAUAUCUGUGUGCCAAGACAAAAACGAUAUCAGACAUGUAAAGUGUAGAAUUACAGAACAUCCUAAUAUUCCCUUUGAAAACAUUUCUCAAAUUGCCAUCUGCAAUGCUGAAAAAGGCUUACUUUGUAAAAACCAAGAUAAUACAGGGACUAAUAAUAUGUGCCAUAAUUAUGAAAUAGCAUUCUGUUGUGGUAAAGGUCUCUCUACAAUAACUACCACAAUGUCACCAUCAAUCCAUCGGAGUACAACAUUUAGUUUUACUCGAACGGAUUCAACAACAGAAACCACAUUAUUAAGGACAACUACUGGCCACUCUCAGACAACUUCUACUAAACUAAUAACAUCAAGCAAUCCAACAACAACGUAUUCAUCUACAUAUGAGCCAUGCUACUGGACAGAGUGGAUUGAUGUAAAUCAUCCAGCUUCUGAUAGCAAUGGAGGAGAUGAAGAGUCUUUUGAAAUAGCAAAAGCUAAUGGAAUAUCUGUGUGCCAAGACAAAAACGAUAUCAGACAUGUAAAGUGUAGAAUUAAAGCAUAUCCUAAUAUUCCCUUUGAAAAAAUUUCUCAAAUUGCCACCUGCAAUGCUGAAAAAGGCUUACUUUGUAAAAACCAAGAUAAUACAGGGACUAAUAAUAUGUGCCAUAAUUAUGAAAUAGCAUUCUGUUGUGGUAAAGGUCUCUCUACAACAACUACAAAAACGUCACCCUCAAUCCAUUGGAGUACAACAUCUAGUAUUACUCCCAAGGAUUCAAGAACAGAAAUCACAUUAUUAAGGACAACUACUGGCCUCUCUCAGACAACUUCUACUAAACUAAUACCAUCAAGUAAUCCAACAACAACGCAUUCACCUACAUAUGAGCCAUGCUACUGGACAGAGUGGAUUGAUGUAAAUCAUCCAACUUCUGAUAGCAAUGGAGGAGAUGAAGAGUCUUUUGAAAUAGCAAAAGUUAAUGGAAUAUCUGUGUGCCAAGACAAAAACGAUAUCAGACAUGUAAAGUGUAGAAUUAAAGCAUAUCCUAAUAUUCCCUUUGAAAAAAUUUCUCAAAUUGCCACCUGCAAUGCUGAAAAAGGCUUACUUUGUAAAAACCAAGAUAAUACAGGGACUAAUAAUAUGUGCCAUAAUUAUGAAAUAGCAUUCUGUUGUGGUAAAGGUCUCUCUACAACAACUACAAAAACGUCACCAUCAGUCCAUCGGAGAACAACAUCUAAGGUUACUUCCAAGAAUUCAACAACAGAAACCCCAUUAUUAACGACAACUACUGGCCACUCUCAGACAACUGCUACUAAACUAAUACCAUCAAGUAAUCCAACAACGAUGCAUUCACCUACAUAUGAGCCAUGCUACUGGACAGAGUGGAUUGAUGUAAAUUUUCCAACACCUGAUUACAAUGGAGGAGAUGAAGAGUCUUUUGAAAUAGCAAAAGCUAAUGGAAUAUCUGUGUGCCAAGACAAAAACGAUAUCAGACAUGUAAAGUGUAGAAUUACAGAACAUCCUAAUAUUCCCUUUGAAAACAUUUCUCAAAUUGCCAUCUGCAAUGCUGAAAAAGGCUUACUUUGUAAAAAUCAAGAUAAUACAGGAACACAUAAUAUGUGCCAUAAUUAUGAAAUAGCAUUCUGUUGUGGCAAAGGUCUCUCCACAAUAACUACCACAACGUCACCAUCAAUCCAUCGGAGUACAACAUCUAGUUUUAAUCGAAAGGAUUCAACAACAGAAGCCACAUUAUUAAGGACAACUACUGGCCACUCUCAGACAACUUCUACUAAACUAAUAACAUCAAGCAAUCCAACAACAACGUAUUCAUCUACAUAUGAGCCAUGCUACUGGACAGAGUGGAUUGAUGUAAAUCAUCCAACUUCUGAUAGCAAUGGAGGAGAUGAAGAGUCUUUUGAAAUAGCAAAAGCUAAUGGAAUAUCUGUGUGCCAAGACAAAAACGAUAUCAGACAUGUAAAGUGUAGAAUUAAAGCACAUCCUAAUGUUCCCUUUGAAAACAUUUCUCAAAUUGCCAUCUGCAAUGCUGAAAAAGGCUUACUUUGUAAAAACCAAGAUAACACAGGAACAAAUGAUAUGUGCCAUAAUUAUGAAAUAGCAUUCUGUUGUGGUAAAGGUCUCUCUACAACAACUACAAAAACAUCACAAUCAAUCCAUCAGAGUACAACAUUUAAUAUUACUCCCAAGGAUUAUACAACAGAAACCACAUUGAGGACAACUGGCCACUCUCAGACAACUUCUACUAAACUAAUAACAUCAAGCAAUCCAACAACUACACAUUCAUCUACAUAUGAGCCAUGCUACUGGACAGAGUGGAUUGAUGUAAAUCAUCCAACUUCUGAUUACAAUGGAGGAGAUGAAGAGUCUUUUGAAAUAGCAAAAGCUAAUGGAAUAUCUGUGUGCCAAGACAAAAACGAUAUCAGACAUGUAAAGUGUAGAAUUAAAGCAUAUCCUAAUAUUCCCUUUGAAAAAAAUUCUCAAAUUGCCACCUGCAAUACUGAAAAAGGCUUACUUUGUAAAAACCAAGAUAAUACAGGGACUAAUAAUAUGUGCCAUAAUUAUGAAAUAGCAUUCUGUUGUGGUAAAGGUCUCUCUACAACAACUACAAAAACGUCACCAUCAAUCUAUCAGAGUACAACAUCUAGUAUUACUCCCAAGGAUUCGACAAAAGAAACCACAUUAUUAACUACAACUACUGGCCGCUCUCAGACAAUUGCUACUAAACUAAUACCAUCAAGUAAUCCAACAACAACAACAACAACAACAACAGAUUUAUCUAUGUAUGAAACAUGCUACUGGACAGAGUGGAUUGAUGUAAAUCAUCCAACAUCUGAUUACAAUGGAGGAGAUGAGGAGACCUUUAUAAUAGCCAAAAGUAAUGGAAGAAAUGUAUGCAAAGAUAAAGAAUCUAUCAAAGACAUUGAAUGUAAAGCUAGCUCAUACCCCCAACUUAACAUAACUGAUCUUAAUCAAAACAUAACAUGCAAUAUUGAAAAAGGUUUAAUUUGUAGAAAUCAAGACAAUCGUGGGCCACAAAGUAUGUGCCUUAACUAUAAAAUGAAAUUAAAAUGUUGUAAUGCAGUUACAUCACCAUCCACCCGACUGACUAGAACAUCUAGUCAUACAUCCAGCCCUUCAACAAUAGAAAAAACAUCAUCUUCUACAAUAGAAUCAUCUUCACUAACUGGUCCCAAAUCUCCUACCAUGGCAAGGCCUCCUUUUUGUGUUUAUGAAGGCUCAGAAUAUGAGGUGGGAACCUCUGUUCCAAAAAAUCCAAAAAGCUGUGAAGAAUGCAAGUGCACAAUGGAAAACUAUUCUGCAAAAGUAACAUGCAAAAGAAAAGUGUGCCAGACACGCUGCCCCCUGGGUUUUAUAUAUAAACCAAAACCUGGAGAAUGUUGUGGAAAAUGUGUACAGACUUUCUGUCAACUUGAUGCCAGCGAGAUGAUAAAGGGUUAUUCAGAUGAAAAUCUACCUGAAAAGUGUUGUCAGAAUUGUUCACAGGAUGUCUGUGCCAUCAAUAACACUGUAUUGAUCAAGCCUGGAAAUCUUUGGCGCCCUCCUGGUGAUAACUGCACUUGUUAUGACUGUGAACCCAAAAAAUUUACUGUUAUUAGAAGAGAGAUGUCUUGUCCAGUGCAAAAGCCCUUAAAAUGUGAACAGGGUAUACUCGUUAACUUUACAAGUGCGGAUGGAUGCUGUACAAUACAGUCUUGUGAGCCACGCAAAUGUGAUGUUAUGAAAUCAUGGAAGGUUAUAGAAAGUGAAGAGUGCGAAGCCAAUGUGACAAUAACAAACUGUGGAGGUUACUGUACCUCUAUCUCCAGACACCCCAGUUUUCCUAAGAUGGUGGAACAUGACUGCACCUGUUGCCAGCCUACAAAAACUACAAGCAAGAAAGUUCACCUGCUCUGUAAAAACGGAAGGAAAAUAUCGUACAGCUACACCGACAUUCUGCAGUGUGGAUGCAGGGGUGCGGCCUGUGUGUUCACAGAAUAAAAUGACUGCUAGAAAUGGUUUCUUGGUACUAUGAGGAAACAUUGUCAUACUGCGUUGGAAAAGAUCAAAUAAAGUUAUGUUUUAAACUUUAAAUCCUAACAGGAUGAAUAAAAUAUAUCAAAUAUGAUCAUGUAAACAUAAGCUAGUUGAUAAUGUUGAUAUACCUGUUAUGUAUCAACCCAUUGUGAACCACACAUUUAAUAUAUGCUACUGUAGAAUGGUAUUACAAGAAUAUUUUUGCACAUAAAAAUCUUGCAGUUUAUCCACAUUUCUAAUGUUAAUUAACACAUAAUAUAA